CUGACCUUCGACCCGGAAGGAAUCACGCCGGGCCGUGGGAGCUUGGAAAGGGGCUGUUCUUGUGUAAACAGGGAGUCGCAGUGGCGACUGUUUCAUCGCAAAGUUAACAUUCAUCAACUUGGCCGUCGUGCCCCGUUGUUGGAGUAUGAGGUUACGGAACAAACUCUACGGAAAGUGAGUUGCAAAAAUGUCGAUGGAGGAUCCGUUUUUCGUCGUGAAGGGGGAGGUGCAGAAGGCUGUGAAUACAGCCCAAGGGCUGCACCAGCGAUGGACUGAGCUAUUGCAGGACCCUUCCGCUGCCACCAAGGAAGAGGUGGACUGGACAACCAAUGAGCUGCGAAACAGCCUGAGGUCUAUCGAGUGGGACCUGGAAGACUUGGAUGAGACCAUCAGCAUUGUUGAGUCGAAUCCCAGGAAGUUCAACCUGGAUUCCUUGGAGCUCAGCAAACGGAAAGCCUUCAUCACAAGCACCCGGCAGACAGUGAAGGAAAUGAAGGACAGCAUGUCUAGUCCAAGAGCCCAAGCAAUGCCGGAGAAAAAGGGCAGGCAGACCUUGCUUGGGGAUGGCGGUUCUCAAGGGCCACAGUGGCAGCCGGGGCCGGACAAGUACAGCCGGCUGGACCGUGAACUGCAGACCGCCAACUCGCAGUUCAUUGAGGAGCAACACACGCAGCAGCAGCUGAUCGCCGAACAGCAGGACGAGCAGCUGGAGCUGGUGUCCGGCAGCAUCGGGGUCCUGAAGAACAUGUCACAGCGGAUCGGCCAGGAGCUGGACGAGCAGGCAGUGAUGCUCGAUGACUUCUCCCAUGAGAUGGAGAACACUCAGUCACGGCUGGACAACGUCAUGAAGAAGCUGGCUAAGGUUUCUCACAUGACCAGCGACAGGAGGCAGUGGUGCGCUAUCGGCGUCCUCCUGGCCAUUCUCUUCGUGCUCCUCAUCCUCUUCUUUGCUCUGUGACGACAAGCCCCCCUCCCCCCCACUGACCACGCAGCCCCCUGGCACAGUCUCAACACUCUCCCUUCCCAGUUUGCUGUUGGGUUCACAAUGUCAGGACUGGGAAGAGAGAUUUUUCACCUGCCUCCCAGUCGGGUAGAAUAAUGGCACCUUCUGAUUCUUUCAUGCGACACGGUUUCACGUGAAAAAAAAAACACUCUGGAUCCUGUUGACAUCAUCUGCUUGUGGGAUAGUUUGGCUUCUGCCUACUCCCACCCCCCGCCCCUUUACAGCGGCAAGCCGAGCUGUGUGUCUGUCAGGCUUGAUGGUCAGCAGCUAUGUAACAUUUCCAGGCAAGUCUCUAACAUCUUCUGCAGGUGGCCCAGGAAAGCCAUUUUAAAAACCUUUUUUGAAUUUGUGUUUGUUCACAGGGUGCUUUCGUUAGACGGUCUUACUUUUCAGUUCUGAAAAUGUGUGAAAUGUGUGACUCUGGGUUCGAUUGGCAGAGGGGAAUAGCACGCAGCCACCUGUCUCCAUGGAGAUGCGGCAUUCCGAACCCUCGCCUGUGGUCUGUCUGUCCUCCUGAAGCACCCUAAUCCCAGCUCCGGAAGAUGAUGGGGAGCUGUGCGUGCGUGUGUGUGUGUGUGUGUGUGUGCGUGCACGUGUGCCUGUCAGCACUGGGAUGUUUGACAGGAUUAGGUCACCGUCAGUGAGCAGGCGAAUCGCUAACCUCACUAACACUUGACUUCUGGAGUGUUUGGGCUCCAGUUGCUAGAAACGGUCUAGUGCACAGAAGGAGCGUAUGAAAUAUGCUGAGCAUAAAAUUGAGAAACAGCGUUUGCUCUUCAAGAGUAUUACUAAGAGUAUUACUACUGCUAUAGGCUGCGAUGGGGAUUCGAUGACACCGGUGAGGACAGUCUGCUGUGACCUUGGCGUCACGCUGACUCACCUCUGGAAUUCGCUGGUCAUGACCAGCAGGAAACGUUAUGACUGUAUAGUGGCCUCGCCUGUCCCCUAACAAGCGUCCACAUAGUGCGUCGUCAUUGAGGACCAGUCAGUAAUGCAUCUUAUGACAAAUAGGUGGCGCUGAUACUGGGUUUGGGCCUGCCCUUGGUUUCUGUUCUUCCCCUGCUUGUGUGGACUUCCCUCCUGUGGAUAUAGCGUGUAGUUCUGUGUUUGAUUGUGUGCCCUGCAGUGGACUUGCAUCCCACGCCGGAUAUACAAAAACACUCUCUGGUUUUCUUUAUCAUUAUUAUUUUUUUUUAAGAAGAACCAGGGCUUGCAAAUCAACACAUGUUUGCGGAUAUUGGAGGGGGGGGGCGGGGGGCGUGCCACAGGUGUGGUGCCUCCUGUCUCCUGCAGGGGGAGAUGCACAGGGGAGCCGCACUGCUUGGCCCUUAUUCCCGGAGCUUGAGGCACCACCCAAGUGCAGCUGGGGCUUCACUGGCGUCAUGGCUGUGGUCUAUGGGGGUCACGGGGUAACACUGCGUAGGGGGCAGAGAGCGUGUGAGUUUACACCCUGAUCUGGUCUUGCUAAGGAGAUGUUUUCUGAUGGGUAAAAUCAGCCGCACUCUUCUGAAUGUCCUCGACAUAAAGCCACUUUAACUAAGUGUGUCAGCUUGCUGAUUUGUUUGUUUGUUUGUUUUUGUUGUUCUUGGUCGAUUUUUCUCUCUUUUUAACUUUAUAAUCCCUGUUUUAAAAUUGUUUGCGUUUCCAGGCUCUCCUGAUGUGCCCUGAUGCUUUUCCCAUUAUGGAAAGAAAUUAUUUUUACAAGGAAAUAUGACGAUGAAAAUGUGUUGGAGUUGGUGACUUUUUUUGUAAAUAUGAGACUGAUGAUGGAUCAUGAGGCAAAAUGAUAUUUGGACAUCAGCCGUAAUGUCAGAGGGGCAUCAUUGUCAACUCAGUUGUACACUUCUGUUUGUCUAGCGUGCCGUUGACGAAUGAGGACAGAGCAUAUGAGCAUUCCACCUGUCAUUAAGGCUUCUGUUUGUGUUUUUGUGUGUGUGUGUGUGUGUGUGUGUGUGUGUGCAUGCACUUGCGUGCACACAGUUCUUCCAGCCAUUUGUCUCUGAAACCCUUUGACCUCUGGAUGAUGUGUCUAGUUGAUCACAAGGUUUGACUUCUGAAAAUUGCUGCAGUUGUCAUCAUUAAAGUGUUCUGCCCUUCUGA